AUGGAGUACCUUUCAGCCUUGAAGCCCAAUGGACUGCUGAGGUCAGUAUCCACUAUGGGCUCUGAACUUGGCCGUAGGGUCUGGAACUCAGCUCCACCGCCUCAGCGCCCCUUCCGUGUCUGUGAUCACAAGCGGACAGUCCGGAAAGGACUGACAGCUGCCACCCGCCAGGAGCUACUAGAUAAGGUACUGGAGACCCUGCUGUUAAGUGGCGUGCUAACACUGGUACUGGAGGAGGAUGGGACCGCCGUGGAGAGUGAGGACUUCUUCCAGCUGCUCGAGGAUGACACAUGUCUAAUGGUGCUGGAGCGAGGACAGAGCUGGAGUCCCAGGAGUGGGAUGUUGUCAUAUGGCCUAGGACGCGAGAGGCCAAAACACAGCAAGGACAUCGCCCGAAUCACCUUUGAUGUGUACAAGCAAAAUCCUCGAGACCUCUUCGGCAGCCUCAACGUCAAAGCUACAUUCUACGGGCUCUAUUCCAUGAGCUGUGAUUUUCAAGGAGUUGGACCCAAAAAAGUGCUCAGGGAGCUCCUUCGUUGGACUUCCUCACUGCUGCAAGGCCUGGGUCAUAUGCUGCUGGGAAUUUCAUCUACCCUUCGCCACGUGGUGGAGGGCGCUGAGCGGUGGCAGUGGCACAAACAGAGUCACCUCCAUUCAUAA